CGCGGGGCCGCCGCGAUGGACGCGCUAUCCCUCAUCGACGUCUCCGGCGAGGAGGACGACUUCCUCCUGGACCUGGCCUCGCCGCCGCAGCACCCCGACCCGCCGCCCCGGGCCGCUCCAGGGGCUUCGGCGGUGGCCGCCGAUUCGGACCGGCCCGCGGCCGGAUCUCCUCCUCCUACGGCGGGGCAGGCCGUGGACCCCGCGGAGCAGGCCCCGGAGCGGGCGCAGUCCCCGAAGAAGGCCAAGCCCAAGGGCGGCGUCAACCUCCGCAAGAGCCUCGCCUGGGACAAGGCCUUCUUCACCAGCGAAGGCGUUCUGGAUACCGAGGAAUUGGGCAUUGUGAACAGCACUUUCCGCAAGUCGCAUGGUUCAAGGCUACUGCCAGGAAUAGCAGAGGAACUGCGGAGGUCAACUGAGUCCACUACCUCAACGCUGGACAGCGAAAGCUUUGUGCUCGAAAGCCUUGAGACAGAGCUGUUUGACAACGUCCGUGCUUCGAUUCAGAGAACACUUGGAAAACCUGAUAAAGCUCCAGGCAUGGCUUCUGCUAGCUCAAAGACCCCUAGGGCAACAGCAAAGGCACCUCCUGUCACAGCGAGAAAGGGGGUUGAUCGGAUACCUCAGGCUCAGAGCAAGAUAAGGCCUCCUGCUUCAACAAGCAAUGGUUCCGUUGGUGGUAGCAAGCAAAGGCCCCAAGUCACCCUGAAAGAGCCUGCAGCUGGAAGAGUGGCUGUAUCGAAAGCUGCAGAAGCAAAGCCAUCUUCGAAACCUCCCAGAGCUCUGCCAAGAGUUGCUACAAUGAGAGCACCGACUAACACAGCUGUCACCUCUGGGAUUUCAGACAAAAGAAGCAGCACUGGAGGUGUAGUCAACAGGCAGACAAUUGCUAAGUCUGCUAACAGUUCAGCCAACGUGCCAUCUCGGCCUGGUGGAGGGACAAAGAACAACUCAACAUCAAAAUCUGGUGCUUUGUCGUCGGCAGCAAGUUCUUCCUUGCAUAGUGCUCCCAUGGCAGGUGGGAAAACAAAGUCCCCGACCUUAAUUAGCAAGAACAGGACCACUCAGAGGAUCCCUAUUCGUGCAUCAUCAAGAUCUGAUAUCAGGAAGGUUGACCCAGCAAGGGCAUCAAGAAAUAAGAGUCACGGCGAAGGUGCAUCACCAAUCGUUUCACCUAGCAGCUCUGUGGACAGCAUGUGCUCUGUGAUUUCUGGGGUUUCAACAGCAUCCACUGUAGGGAGAGCGAGUCAUACAUCUGAGACCUUUAGUACAAGGUCAUCUUCAUUGUCCCCUUCCACCAGAAAGAGCAAUGACCACCCUCUAACCACACUACCGAGGCCUCAAAUUGUUGCAGAAGGACAGGCUUCAAGAACAUUUUCUGAUAAUGUGAAAUCCGAUGUCAACACAUCCACCCAAGGAAAUGGUUUUAAGCCAUCUGGUUUACGAAGGCCUACACCAAAGAUUGGAUAUUUUGAUGCCGAGAAAUCUGUUGAACAAAAAGCCGGUGCACGGGCACAACUGCAGCCCACGAAGGUUCUGUUUUCACCGCUGGCCACACAGAGCUCUUGGAUUCCAUCUACUCCGAAGACAAUCCCUGCAUCUCUUACAUUUGAGCAAGAAGAGCCAAAAUCUAGGGCAGCAGCACCUUCUCAAACCAAAGCGUCGCCUUCACUGCCUCUCAAAGUCGCACAAAGUGAAUUAAAACCAUCAAAGGUUACAGAGCCUGAAGCUUCUCAAGCUAAAGCAUCAACUCCACUGCGUCUCACAGUUUCACGAAUUGAAGUAAAACAAUCAAAGUUGACCGAGCCUGAAGCUUCUCAAGCCAAGGCAUCAACUCCACUGCCUAUCAAACUUGACCGAACUGAAGUUAAUCCAUCAAAGGUGACAGAGCAUGAUGCUUCUCAAACCAAGGCAUUGGCUGCAGCAAUGGAAGUAGAACUAUUGGAGGUGAUUGAGCAUGCAGUAGAAGCACCAAUGGUGUCGGAGCAUGGAGUGCAGAUGCUGGAGACUGGCCCAUUGGUCGCCAUGGACAUUGCAGAGGAGGAGGGCAUUCUGGCUUUAAAUCAGAAUGUCCAGGCCAAUGGUGAUAUCAGUUCAUCAACUGUUGAGCUGUCAUCAUGUGCCUCUGGCCAGCAACAAUCAGAAACAACGCCAGCACCUUGCGAGGAAAGCGUUUCUUCUCAAACUAAGGUAUCACCUUCACUGCCUCUUGGAGCUGCCAAAAUGGAAGUAGAACCAGUGAAUGUGACUGAGAAUGAAGCUUGCACGCCCCAGACCAGCCCAGUGUUGGCAGCCAUGGAUAUUGCCAAAAUGGAAGUAGAACUAGUGAAUGUGUCUGAGAAUGAAGCUUGCACGCCCCAGACCAGCCCAGUUUUGGCAGCCAUGGAUAUUGCAAAGGAGAACAUUCCAGCCGUGGAUACCGCAAAAGGGAACGUCCAGCCUGGUGGUUUUCCGAGUCCAUUAAAGGAGAACAUUCUGGCGUCGCAUCAAAAUAUCCAGCCUAAGGAGCAUAUGACUCCUGUAAAGGGAAGCAUUGUGGCCUCACAUACAAAUGUGCAGGCUGUAGGGGAGAUGACUCCGGUGUCUCUCUUGAGCCAGAAGCUGUCCUCCAUCUCUCUAGGACAAGUUACUGGGGAGGCGACUCCAUUGACCCAUAAGCCGUCCUCCAUUUCUCAAGGACAAUCUAAUGGGGAGGCGACUCCAUUGACCCUCUUGGCGCAGAAGCUGUCCUCCAUUUCUCUCGGGGAUGCCACUGACUAGGUGCCUUGUUCUCCCAGAGGAACCGAGUUUCGGAAUCGUACGCUGCUGGUUGUUUUAUGAUUACAUCCUUGUUAUUCAGAAGGCGACCACAGCCCAAGUUAGUACAAAAGGCUGUCCUAUGUUUUCUCUUGUCUUCCUUUUAGCUGUUAAACGAGUGAGAGUGCUACGAGUGUAGUAAAAAAUGCAGGACACUGCAGAAAACCUUGAUAUUCUGUUGAGUCCAAAACACUUGAUCCUGUUAUGUCAAUUGCACAUUUGCGUA